AUGAGGCAGGGUUGGAUAUUAAUCCUAGUUCUCCCUUGCCUGUGCCAAGGAGCCAAUCUGAAAUCUGAUGGAAACUUUGUGGCAAUUGCUGGAUCUUUGAGUAAUACAGGGGAUUUUGAUAAUGAUGUAACUUCAAAUGAAAUUUCCAGUUGCCACAAAGGUGUCAUUCUUCUCCUUAAAGACAAACUUCCCGUUCUCAAGAAAUAUGGUGCUACUCACUAUAAAAUACAGCUAGAGCAAACGCUUCUCUUCCAGAAAGGUGGACUGCCUUCCCACGAUCAAGUCAAAUGCUACCUGAGACUUCUUCAGCUACUUGAUGACGCAAACAUUCAUCCAGUGAUCGUCUUGCAAGGAGGACGACCUGAUGUGCAAGCUAGUAGAAGCUCAUCUGAUCACUUUGUGCAGUAUGCGGAUUUUGCCUUUGGUGUUUUUGGGGACUUGGUUCAUACCUGGAUUACAUUCAAUGUCUGGCUGGAAACCACAGACAACAUGAAUGUAGAAAUCUUUAAGGAUCUGCUUCAUGUCCAUGAGCAGGUUCAUACACUGUAUCAUAACAAAUAUUCUGCAAAAGGUGGGGAGCUAUCUGUUGCUGUGGAGCCAUCUGUACUGAGCACCUUACUGUCCCUUCAGCCCAACUUCCUGAAAUCAGUUGAUUUUGUCGCGUUGAAUGUAAACUACAACUGCCAAGAUGGAAUGCAGUUACAGAUGUACAAGGAAAAGGUUGAGCAGAACAUUGGCCAUGGACAGAGUGUUUUGGUUUUCAGUUUGAAACUAAAAGAUUGCAACACUCUAACUACGGAAUUAAAAUACACCCCAAUCUUUAAAAUAUCUGAAGCGUUGACAGAAUCCGGAGCCGUGUUCAUGGGAUAUGACAUCAGUUCGUUUUUAGACCAAUCAGCAGUUGGUAAGAAAAGUGUAGAAACCCCUAAAGGCUGGUCAUUGUCCUCACGAGCAUCGUACAACACAGUUUGGGAGAAAUUUGCUAACCAGACAGUCAUUGAGAGAGACACCUUCCACCAGGGCACAUUUCCCAGUGGUUUUACAUGGGGAACAUCUACUGCGGCCUUCAAAGUGGAAGGAGGUUGGGCAGAAGAUGGGAAAGGAGAAAGCAUAUGGGACACAUUUGGCCAGAAUAACCAUGCAGAUAACAACGCAACCGCCAAUGUGGCCAGUGACAGCUACUACAAGACUGACUAUGAUGUGUAUCUUUUGAAGGGUUUGCAGGCCAAAACAUAUCAGUUCUCUUUAUCUUGGGCCAGGAUUUUCCCAACAGGGUUCAACACUGAAGAGAAUGCCAAAGGAGUGAAAUACUACAAUAAAUUAAUCAACCGUCUGCGAGAUGCAAACAUUGAACCAAUGGUCACCUUGUAUCACUGGGACCUGCCUCAACCCUUGCAAGACCUCGGAGGCUGGCAGAAUGAGAUCAUUAUUGAUGCCUUUAUGGACUAUGCCGAUUACUGUUUCAGACAUUUUGGUGACCGGGUGAAAUUUUGGCUAACAUUCCAUGAACCUUGGGUUGUUAGUUAUGCUGGUUAUGGCACUGGAGAGCAUGCCCCUGGCAUUAAAGAUCCAGGAAGUGCCUCCUACAAGGUGACCCACAACAUCCUGAAAGCUCAUGCUAAAGCCUGGCAUGUGUACAAUGAUAAAUAUCGCUCCCAGCAGCAGGGCCAGGUGGGAAUCUCGUUGAACUCUGAUUGGGCAGAGCCACAGACAGCUCAUAACACAGAGGAUGUGAAAGCCGCAGAGCGCUAUAUUCACUCCAUGCUCGGUUGGUUUGCCCAUCCAAUAUUAAUCAAUGGUGACUACCCUGAGGGUCUUAAAACCCAGAUUCAACUGAAAAACCAGCAGUGUCCCAGCACAGUUUUCCCACUGCCCGUAUUCACAGAGGAAGAGAAAUCCUACAUUCAUGGCACUGCUGACUUCCUAGGAAUCUCCCACUAUACCUCCCGACUGAUCCAAGCUUCCCCUAGCACCAGCUGUGUUCCUGAAUACCAUAAUAUUGGGGACUUUACAUCACAUGUGGAUCCAUCAUGGCAUGAGACUGCCUCUUCAUGGAUUAAAGUGGUCCCCUGGGGUUUCAGGAGGCUGCUAAACUAUGUGAAGGAGGAGUAUGUGAAAGACAACCUGAAGAUAUACAUAACUGGGAACGGAAUGCCAACAACAUACGAUGGAGAGGUGUUUAAUGACACAGCUAGGAAGGAUUACUUGACUGCCUACAUCAAUGAGGUUUUAAAAGCUGUCUCAAUUGAUGGUGUGUCAGUCAAUGGAUACAAUGUCAGGUCCCUUCUCGAUGGCUUUGAAGGAUCUCACGGUUACAGCCAGAGGUUUGGCUUACUCUAUGUGGACUUUGAAAAUGCCAACAGGCAGAGAACUCCUAAAGAAUCUGCAUAUUUGUUUUCUAGCAUCAUCAAGAACAAUGGAUUCCCACAGACAAUACAGAGCAGGGCUGUGGUUCCAAUGCUAAGAUGGCCUCAUGAAAGAAGGAUAGCUCCUCUACCUCCAUCUGAUGUUCCAUCAAAAGCAAAAGUUGUAUGGGAAAACUUUUCUGGUCAAACUGAUUUUGAAAGAGACAUGUAUUUUCAUGCCACAAUGCCAGAGGACUUCAAAUGGGGAGCAUCAACCUCUUCCUAUCAGGUUGAAGGUGGAUGGGAUGCUGACGGGAAAGGUCCUAGUAUUUGGGAUACAUUUUCCCAUGUUCCUGGAAAUGUUGCUGAUGAUAGUAAUGGGGAUGUUGCCUGCGACAGUUAUCACCUACUAGAUGCUGACUUGUAUAUGCUGAGGUCCUUAGGGGUUAAAAGCUACAGGUUUUCCCUGUCUUGGUCUAGAAUUUUCCCAACUGGACAAGGCACCCCUAAUGCUAAAGGGGUUGAAUAUUAUAACAGACUUAUUGAUGGCCUACUUGCAAGCAAUAUCUUCCCUAUGGUAACACUGUAUCAUCAUGACCUGCCUCAAGCUCUUCAAGACAUAGGUGGCUGGGAGAAUGUAACGGUGAGUGAUGCAUUUCAUCAUUAUGCUGAUUUUUGCUUUGAUACCUUUGGAGAUCGGGUGAAGUUUUGGGUGACAUUUAAUGAGCCCCAUACUACUGUAACAAUUGGAUAUGGAAUAGGCAGCAUUCCACCUGAAGUCAAAGAUCCUGCUUAUGCACCAUACAGAGUAGCUCACCACCUGUUGAAAGUACAUGCUAAGGUGUACCAUACCUAUGAUACAAAAUAUCGGCCAACUCAAGGAGGUGUAAUCUCUCUGAGCCUUAAUACAGACUGGGCUGAACCCAAAGACCCCAGAAAUCUAAGGGAUAUAGAAGCUGCUGACCGCUACCUACAGUUCACGUUAGGGUGGUUUGCUCACCCCAUCUUUAAAAACGGCGACUACCCAGAAGUUAUGAAAUGGCAAGUGGCAAAUAAAAGUGACUUUGAGGGUCUGAAAUCUUCCAGGCUUCCUGUUUUUACAGAGGACGAAAAAGCUGAGAUACAGGGCACAGCCGACGUUUUCUGCAUUAACAUCUACUCGACAACAAUAGUUACUCACAAAGCAAUGAGGAUAACCCCAGCAUCUUUUGAAGGCGAUAUGGAUGUUGAAACUAGUAUUAAUACACUCUGGCCAUCAACAGCACUUAAUGAGCACAGGGCAGUGGCCUGGGGACUCCGGAGACUACUAAACUGGAUAAAAGAAGAAUAUGGAGAUAUUCCAAUUUAUAUCACUGAGAAUGGUGUGGCUACAGACAAUAGCAAUGAUUAUGAUGACACCAACCGCAUCUUUUACUAUAAGACCUACAUAGACGAAGCUUUGAAAGCUCACAGUAUCGAUAGAGUGAAUUUAAAAGGAUACACUGCUUGGUCUCUUAUGGAUACUUUUGAAUGGAACUUUGGGUAUAGAGUGCGGUUCGGGCUCCACCAUGUGAAUUUCCAGGACCCUAAUCGGCCAAGAACCCCUAAACGUUCUGCUCUGUACUAUGCUGAUGUUAUACGGAACAAUGGGAUUUCAUUGGACAAAGAAGAUGAGUUUCUCUAUGGACAUUUCCGCUCAGAUUUUGCCUGGAGUGUAGCAUCUGCAGCUUAUCAGAUUGAAGGCUCCUGGAGGGCUGAUGGCAAAGGUUUGAGCAUUUGGGACAAGUUUGCCCAUUCUCCAUUCAGAGUAAGCAAUGAUGAAAAUGGAGACGUGGCCUGUGACAGUUACAACAAGCUGAAAGAAGACAUAGACCUUCUGAAGAACCUGAAAGUUACACAUUAUCGAUUUUCAAUCUCUUGGCCACGAGUUCUACCUGAUGGUACAACAAACCACGUAAAUGAACGGGGACUGAACUACUACAUUCGACUUAUUGAUGAACUACUGGCUGCCAAAAUUAUACCCCAGGUUACAAUUUAUCACUGGGAUCUUCCGCAAACUCUGCAAGAUGUUGGGGGCUGGGAGAAUGAAACUAUUGUGCAACGAUUUAAGGAAUAUUCGGAAUUCCUUUUUGACAGACUGGGAGACAAAGUGAAGUUCUGGAUAACACUCAAUGAACCAUACAUCAUUGCCAAUCUGGGUCACGGGUAUGGCUCAGCAGCCCCAGGAAUUUCAUCAAGACCUGGUAUAUUACCUUAUAAAGUGGGACAUAACCUCAUUAAAGCACACGCCGAGGCAUGGCAUCUCUACAAUGAUACCUACCGGGCCAAACAAGGUGGCAUCAUAUCGAUCACCAUCAACUCUGACUGGGCAGAACCAAGAAACCCCUACAAGCAGGAGGAUGUAGACGCAGCAAAGAGAUAUAUGAGCUUUUACGGUGGAUGGUUUGCAAAUCCAAUUUUCAAGAAUGGUGACUACAAUGAAAUCAUGAAAUCCAGGAUUCGGGAGAGAAGUCUUGCUCAAGGACUUACGACAUCACGACUUCCAGAAUUCACAGAGAGCGAGAAGAAAAGGAUAAAAGGAACAUAUGAUUAUUUUGGAUUUAAUCAUUACACCACAAUCCUGGCGUCUCCCAUCAAUUUCCCACAAUCUCUCCAAUCAUAUGACGCUGACAGGGCUGUGAAUCCUAUGACCGACCGAAGUUGGCUGGGUUCUGGGUCCAUUUGGUUGAAAGUGACACCGUUUGGUUUCCGAAGAAUAUUAAACUGGAUAAAGGAAGAAUACAACAACCCCCCAAUUUAUGUAACAGAGAACGGCGUUUCGGAACGUGGGACAAAUCUUAAUGAUAAGUGGCGAGAACAUUACUACAAGCUUUACGUGAAUGAAGCAUUGAAAGCUGUCAAGUACGAUGGUGUGGACCUCCGAGGAUACACAGCUUGGUGUCUAAUGGACAACUUUGAGUGGGCAACUGGAUACGCUGAACGAUUCGGCUUGUAUUACACAAAUUACUCAGAUCCAAACUUACCACGUAUUCCUAAGCAGUCCGCAGCGUAUUACAGAACUCUCAUGCAAUGCAAUGGGUUCCCUGACCCAGCCGAUGGACCUCAUGCUUGCCUGGAGACACCGUCAGAAGGUACAACUGCAAUUCCAGGAAAAACCUCUGGGGGUCACACUGCUACAGCCGAAACCUCCAGGGGUCUCGUUACAGCGCCCAUAGAGAAAGAUGAACCUGACUUCGUUGACUUUCUCGGUCUAGAAAUUUCUACUUCGGAUGCGAUGAUUGCUUUAUAUGUAGAAUUCGCCCUCUUAAUUGCAGCAGUUUGCAGUGUUAUCUUGCUUUCAGUCCUUUAUGGCAAGUUAAAGAAAAAAUAUAAGUUAGCAAAAUUAUUUUAGGUGGUAA